AUGAACAGACCAAGCUACACCUGCAGGCUCUCUCGGCUUGAAUGGCUCAACAUGAGAGGUUGGCCGACCUUCAAAGACUUCAUGGUUACACACAAAUAUGAUCCAACAAGUGCGGCAGAUUACAUGAAAGCCGAAGAGGUCUUGUGCAACUACAGAAGCAGCGAUCCGUUUGCAAAUAAGGAGCUGCAAGACUGGGGAGCCGAGGAGGAUGAGGGGUUGGAGGAAUUGGAGGACAAUGAUAUGGAUGAGAAACUGGACGUGGAAUUCGAGAAGCUUCUUUGCGAUGCGUUAGCAAGUGAGGAGUAUACGGAUGACGAGGAUAUAGAUGAGGGCACGAAGGAAAAGAAUUGUGAUGAAGGCGGUGUCGAAGAGCAUGUCCAGGAUAAUAAUCAAGAGAGAGACGAAAUUCUCGAUCUAAUGACCGACGACAGCGACUGGGAGGACUACGAUGAAGACGAAGACCCAGACGCACCGAGGACCAGCAAUCUAAAACGCAAUAUCGAAGUUCGCGAGCAAGAAAAACUCGAAAACAUUUACAGAAUUCGAAACGAAGACGAAGGGAUCUAUAAAUGGCUCAUGAAGCGCGGAUGGUCUUGCCUUGAAGAAUAUAUGGACUAUCAAACUUUGGAUUUCACGAACAGUGACGAUGUGGAAAAGGUCGGGCAUAUAAUCAAGAAGUCCAUUAGGCUUGAAGCGGAACAGAAUCGUGAUGAGGCUGAGGGGGGUAUCGAAGAGGUAGCUGCGGAAGAUGAUGCAGAAUACGAAAACGAGCAAAGAGCCACACGAGAGUCACUCAUUAGUGAAGGACUUGGAGAUGAGGUGGAAUUUCCACGAAAUGCCAAUCCCGAAAAAUUUGAUGAAGAACAAGCCACAGCGAGCCCUUCCGCGUCAAAGAUUGCAAAUGGUAUUAAAAACAAUCUGGAAAUCGACCGCUGGUGUAUGGAACAAGGAUAUAUAAAUCUAUUUAACUAUAUCAUAGGCCAUGGGGGAGAUUAUUAUGACGACGAGCUCGUUUGUAUGAUAGGUCAUCAAUUAAAAAAGAUUAUCGAGGAGGGGAAUCAGAAUAGACGCGAAGUGAUGGAAGAGAUUUUCGAGGGAUUGACGAUGUGUGAUACCCAAGAUCAAGGCCUCAAAGAAAAUUUCCAGAACUGGUCGGUGGCAGAUAACGAAGAAAUGAAUCGACUCGAUGGUGAUGAUGAGAUGACGCAUGGAUGGUUAUGA